UACAAACAUACCCUAGUAUAUAUAAAACUCAAUCGUCGCUAUGUUCACACUGCCGCCACUUACACAGACCCCAUUCCUUCUACUGUGCGCACAUCGCCGCCACCACCGCAUCGCCGCCACGCCCACUGCUUUUGUUUGAGUUAACCACAUACAUCCGUAAUGUAUAUCGAAUUGAAUUGUCCGUCAAGUCUCCGAAAACAAUUGGCGAAACUGUUUGGGGAAUCGUUAAAAGCAACUUUUCCUGGUGAAUCUGAUGUUUUGCCUAUGAUUGAUGCAUGCGUUGCGAAAAAUGGUGUAAAAUUUGCUGAUUAUCAAUGUAAUAAUGCAAUGAGUCUGUGGGCUAAGGUUAAAGGGAAGCAGACCGAUUUCAAGAAUCCUCGUUCGGUUGGAGAGGGUAUUGUGAAAAACCUCCCUCCAUCAGAAAUGGUAGAAUCAUGCUCUGUUGCUGGUCCUGGGUUUGUGAACAUUGUCUUAUCAAAGAAGUGGAUAGCACAGAGCUUACAAAGGAUGCUUACUGAUGGUAUUGAUUCCUGGGCACCUCGGCUUCCAGUCAAGAGGGUUUUAAUUGACUUUUCCUCCCCUAACAUUGCAAAAGAAAUGCAUGUUGGUCACCUGAGGUCAACUAUUAUUGGAGACACAUUGGCUCGGAUGCUUGAAUUUUGCCAGGCGGAUUCUCUUAUCCGUCGAAAUCAUAUCGGUGAUUGGGGUACUCAGUUUGGGAUGCUGAUUGCAUACCUCUUUGAGAAAUAUCCGAACCCAGAAGAUGUUAAUGAAUCAGCUAUUGGAGAUCUACAGGCAUUCUAUAAGGCCUCAAAAUUGAAGUUUGAUAGUGAUCCUGAUUUUAAGCUCAAUGCACAGCAGUCCGUGGUCAAGCUCCAGAGAGGGGAUCCCAAAUAUCGCACAGCAUGGCAGCAAAUUUGUGAUAUUAGUAGGACUGAGUUUAACAAGGUCUAUAAACGACUUGGAGUUCAUUUAGAGGAAAUGCCAGAGAGCUUCUAUAAUCCAUUAAUCGCUCCAACUUUGGAGAAACUGGAGAAAUUAGGACUAGUUGAAGACAGUGAAGGUGCUCGUGUGAUAUUUAUUGAAGGUGUAGACAUACCAAUAAUUGCUGUGAAAAGAGAUGGUGGCUACAACUACUCUUCAACUGAUCUAGCAUCAAUUUGGUACCGUCUGAAUGUCGAAAAUAUUGAAUGGAAUAUAUAUGUUACAGAUGUUGGGCAGUGGCAACAUUUUGACAUGCUCUUUAAGGCUUACAGGCGUGCAGGAUGGCUCCCAAAGGAUGAAAAUGGAUAUCCAAAAUGCACUCAUGUAGGUUUUGGUCUUGUUCUUGGCGACGAUGGAAAACGAUUCCGGACUCGCAGCAGCGAGACAGUUCGAUUGGUUGAUUUACUUGAUGAAGCUAAAAGGCGCUGUAAAGCUUCCCUUCUUGAACGUGAUAAUGCUAAAGACUGGACAGAGGAAGAGAUUGAGAAAACAUCAGAGGCAAUUGGAUAUGGAGCUGUUAAGUAUGCUGACUUGAAGAUCAAUAGAUUAACAAAUUACACUUUCAACUUUGAUCAGAUGCUUAAUGAUAAGGGAAAUACUGCUGUGUAUUUGCAGUAUGCACAUGCCCGGAUAUGUUCCAUCAUCAGGAAAUCUGGUAAAAACAUAGAAGAACUAAAGAGGAAUGGGAGUUUGGUGUUGGAUCAUGAAGACGAGCGAACAUUGGCUCUUCACUUACUACAAUUUACAGAGGUUUUUGUGGAGUCCUGCUCGAAUUUGCUACCAAAUGUGUUAUGUGAAUACCUAUAUAAUUUGGCUGAAAUCUUCACAAAGAAAUUUUAUUCUAAUUGUCAGGUUGUUGGGUCUCCAGAGGAAACUAGUAGACUCUUGUUGUGUGAAUCCACACUUGUUGUGAUGAGAAAAUGCUUCUAUCUCCUUGGAAUUGAACCAGUUUACAAGUUAUGAGCCAUCUGAAUGAAUGAGGAAGUUCAAGAGCAAGUUUUAUUAAUACACUUUUAUUUGCAGUGCACAAAAGUGUAGGCUAUUUUGUCCACAGCAGGAAAAUAGGUAGAACAUUGAUAUCAAAUUUGUGGUUUAUUUAAUGUGCACAAGUUAAGUAUAGUAUUGCACUAUGCACAAGCACAACUGUGUUUUUUACCAUUAGAUUAUUAAGUCUUAUGCAUCUCAUUUGAUCAAAUGAUGAUAGCUAUUUAUUCAAUGGUAGAAACUAUUGUGUGCUUGAUGCAAAAAUUAACUUAUUUGUACACCAUUCUAUAGAACUAUCCAUCAAUUUUAAUGACCUUGAAUUUGUUUACUAUUUUAUCAAGGGGUUGAACCAAUGGUUUUUAUUGUA